AUGGCGGAGGUGAUUCUUUUGAAUUUCUGGCCAAGCAUAUUCGGAAUGAGGGCGACGAUUGCUUUGGAGGAGAAAGGAGUGAAGUAUGAGUAUAUAGAAGAAGAUGUGAUCAAUAACAAGAGUCCUUUGCUUCUUGAGAUGAAUCCGGUUAACAAGACGAUCCCGGUUCUCAUCCACAAUGAUAAACCGGUUUGUGAAUCCAUUAACAUCGUCCACUACAUCGAUGAGGUCUGGUCCGACAAGAACCCAUUCCUCCCUUCCGAUCCUUACGAGAGAUCUCAAGCUUUAUUUUGGGCCGAUUUCAUCGAGACAAAGUUGUGUGUUUGUGGGAGGAGGGUUUGGAUAACGAAAGGUGAGGAGCUAGAAGCAACCAAUAAGGAGUUUACUGAAUUACUCAAGACUCUUCAAUCUGAGCUCGGAGAUAAACCUUACUUUGGUGGCGAUAAAUUCGGGUUUGUAGACAUUCUCAUGAUUGGAUUCUACAGUUGGUUUCCUGCAUACGAGAAGUUUGGUAACUUUAGCAUGGAAUCAGAGUGUUCGAAACUGAUGGUUUGGGGGAAAAGGUGUAUGGAAAGAGAGAGUGUGGCUAAGGCUUUGCCUGAUCCUGAGAAAGUUAUUGGAUACGUUUUGCUGCUUAAGAAGUUAUAUGGUAACGAGUAA